GGGAUUUUUCACCUGCUUGCUACAAAAAGCCGGACUCAGUUUCCGCGUACUCAUAGUUCAUACCAACCUGCGGUAGUUUACACUGGCCGUACCCAUACACAAGUCCCAGGAACUGACUACAAAAAUGCUACAUACGUGGCAAAGUGGAGUCUCAGUGCUUCGAUUGUUGAUAUUGGCUUCAGUGCUAGUCAUAACACGUCAGACUGAUGAAGAUGCGCAACCACCUUUCGAAGAGGGAUGCUUCUUCGACGGAUUCAGCCAAAACCCUACGGGGUUUUUGGACAUCGCUCUCGCCGACACGGGUUCCAUGACGCUACAACUCGACCAGAUAGUGCACGAGUUCACCAUGGACGACAACUGUACCCUGAUUUUUAGGAGCCCCGUUCCGGGGCGCAUCCUCCCAGAAAACGCCGCCAAAAUGUGCAAAAUUGUGGACAACGAAAACUACCCCUUUACCGUCCUGCACACUUUGACAGAGUACAACAGGACCAAGUUUCCAGAGCUGUUCCGAGGAACGUUCACAGACGACGGAGACCCUGUGCUGGAAGUGAAGACGGUCGGCACCAUCUCCAGUGAGCCUAUCAAAUUACAUUGUCACGUGGACUCGUACAACUCGUCGGACCUCGACACUACCGUCGGCCCCGUGGACUUCACCUUCAGGAUCAAGGUCAACGGAUGUCCGGAGGGGAAGUACGGAAGGAACUGCGGCGAGCCCUGCCUCUGUCAGUACGGCGCCUCGUGCCACAGCUUUACCGGCGCCUGCUACUGCGCGCCGGGAUGGACGGGACGAUACUGCGACCAGAUUGCCUCCGAUGCUGGUAUCAUCUCCACUAAGGGGCUGGUAGAACCGACCUACGUCAGCGAAAACGUCACGAUGACGUGUAGGGGGUACAACCUGAAUGACGUCACCAACAUCACCUGGCACAAAGACGGGUCAGAGGUCGUGAGCAGCGACAGGACCAACGUCACGUUGAGCUACACAGAGGAAAGUCAGCUGCAGUCUACCAUUGUGCUUCCCUACGUCAUGGACGAUGACCAUGGUGUUUACACCUGCGUUGUCAUGGCGACCCAGAACCAGACAGAAUACAACACCAGCAGGACCAUAAAUGUAAAAGGUUGCCCGGACGGGAUGUGGGGUUCCCGCUGUGAGAAGACUUGUAACUGCUCAGCCAAGGCCACCUGUUACCGGGACCGGGGCUGCGUGUGCUGGGCGGGACUCACGGGGGGAGACUGUGACCUACAAUGUGACCAGCUGCCCGACUGGAAGAACCGGUCCAUGUGGGGAGAGGACUGCCAGUCCAACUGCACGUGUCAGAACGAGGGCAUUUGUGACAUCCGCCUCGGCAACUGCAGCUGCCCGGUCGGCUUCAUGGGGGACAACUGCGAGGAAGAGUGUCCGGAUGGAACGUGGGGAAAGAACUGUACCGGAAACUGCACAUGCGCAGAUGGGGAAUUCUGUAGCCCACUCAACGGAGACUGCAUCAAGGAACAAACGGUGUUGGACCAGCCGUGGUUUCCUCCCGUUAUGAGCUUCCUCGGAGCGUUCGUCUUUCUGGUGGCCAUCGCUGCCUACCUGACGGUCAAAGUGCGCAGGCGCAAAGCAGCCAAGUACCUCCGUGUGGAGGGUGAUGACGAGGAGACCUUGGAAGUCGUGAAGCGCAUCGUCCACGAGGAGAAUAGCACGGCGUUCCGCCAGGUGACGGUGGAGGAGAUCCUCACGUGGGAGAUCUCGCGAGAGGAGCUGCAGACCGUGAAGAUGCUGGGGCAGGGCGCGUUCGGGGACGUGCUGCAGGCGCGCUGGACCCGCGGGGCCAUGGGGGAGGGGGGCAACGGUAUCAUGGUGGCGGUCAAGAAGAUGAAAGACAGCUCAUCCACCAAGGCCGUGCGUGACUUCCUGAAGGAGGCCUACCAUCUCAUCAACAUCGGGCAUCACCGCAACAUCGUCAACAUACACGGCAUCUGUCUUCAAGAGGGUCCGCUGAUGAUAGUGCUGGAGUACUGUGAGCACGGGUGUGUCCUGGACCAUCUGUGGGAGCUGGAGAAGAGGGGCCGGAUGGAGACUAUCAUGGACCCGACCAAGGCGCUGGUGUCGGCGGAGGAGGGGCAGAGGCUGACGGGAUACGCUGUAGACGUGUGUAACGGGCUCAAACACCUGGCCAGCAAACGGUACGUCCAUCGCGACAUCGCCGCCCGUAACGUGGUGAUUCACGGGAAGGGGAUGGCGAAGAUCUGUGACUUCGGGCUGACCAGAGACGUGUACACCGAGAUAUACACCAAACAGGGACUGAAGGACGCCACACUGCCGUACAAGUGGAUGGCCAUCGAAAGUCUGGAGGGUGACGGAGAAUGUACCCACAAGAGCGACAUGUGGUCAUUUGGUGUGUUCCUUUGGGAGCUUGGAACUCUGGGUAAGACUCCGUACCGUGGAAUGGACACUGCCUUCCUGGUGGAGGAACUGCACACCGGGUACCGCCUGCCCAAACCGAAGGGCUGUCCGCAACCACUGUACGACCUGAUGUUCAGCUGCUGGCAGGAGGACCCGGAAGCCAGACCGGACGCGCUGGAGAUCUGGAUCAACCUGGUGGACAUCAAGAACAAGAAAACGGGCUUCUUCAGCUACGUGUGCCAGAAUCUCGCCAUCGCCGAUACAGCUGACUUUCCUGACACACCUGACGUGGCCAACACACCUGACGUGGCCAACACACCUGACGUUUCCGACGCACGUGACGUCGCUGACCUACUGGCCAUCUCUGACGUGCCUGCCGUGGCUGAGGUGCGCCCUGGCCGCGGGGCGGUCUCACGUCUCGUGCCUGCCACAGGUGACGCACCUGGGGACGUCAGCCGCGUCAUGGACGUCUCAGAGGUGUAGGCUGAGAAAGAGAGAAAGAGAGAGAAAGAGGGGGGAGAGAGAGAGAAGGGUAGAGAGAGAGGGAGAGAGAGAGAGA